AUGUGGGAUACGAUCCCUGCCUUUGGGAUAGAGUCUGCGGAUGUCUCGUGGGUUAAGCGGAAGGAUCAGGAGCCGCAGUUCAGAAGUCCUUCAGAAAGGAACCAGCUUACCGGCUGUAUUGACGUGGCUGAUCUCUUCCCUCCGCCGCAGGUAAAUGGGCGGGAGCUCUCCCGUCUCUCCCAAGAACAGACCCUGGAAGCUCUGCGGUGCUCCAAGGAGCCGUUGGUCAUACAGGUGCUCCGGCGCAGUCCCCGCAGCCGCAGUGGGGGCGGCGAGGGACCUGCCCCCCAGGGGGACCCGGCAACCCUGGUGGACAGCGGGACCCAGACGGAUAUCACCUUCGAGCACCUCCUGGGGCUGGGGCGGAUGCGGCCACCGAGCCCCCCAGCCGUGACGCUGGAACCCUACGGGCUGCCAGAUCUCCCCUCGAUCGGCCAUGAGUAUUAUGAUCCUGUGGAAUUCAUGGAAGGAGGUGCUCCGGAGACCGAGCGGGCAGAGGAGCUGGAAUAUGAGGUAAACCCUAACAGUAUCGCUGCCAAGGACGGUCGAAUCCGGGAAGGCGAUCGUAUCGUCCAGAUUAAUGGGAUGGAGGUGCAGAAUCGCGAGGAGGCCGUUGCAAUUCUCACCCAGGAGGAGCGGACAAACAUCUCUCUGCUGCUGGCUAGACCCGAGACUGAGUUGUCCAAGCGUUGGAAGGAUAGUGACCGGGAGGAUUUCCUAGAUGACUUUGGCUCUGACCAUGAAGCAGGAACAAGACCCCAUCGGCUCCUUUCUCCACCAGACCAGCAGAGUGAACCUCUCCAGGAAAAGCCUGCCGGGGAUCCCGCCACCCCCCUGACCAACAGCCAGGAGCUGGACAGUGGCGUCGGGCGCACCGAUGAGAGCACCCGCAACGAAGAGAGCUCCGAACAUGACCUCCUUGGAGACGAAGCCCCCAGUGCCGCCAACACCCCGGGGAGCCUGCGCAAAUUUGGCCCCAGCCUGCAGCCCCGCGACUUCCACUACAGCAUGGACUCACUGCUGGCCGGGGAGCCGCCGAGCGCCGUGGGCACUGACAUGAUGCCGGGGCUGACUGACGAAGAGUACGAGCGCUACCGCGAGCUGCUAGAGCUGAAAUGCCACCUGGAGAAUGGCAACGACCCGGGCUUGGUGAGCUCGGCGCUGGACGUCAACCGCAACGAAGUCGCCCUUCUGGAGGAAGAACUCCGCCACCUGGAGUUCAAGUGCCGCAACAUCCUGCGGGCCCAGAAGAUGCAGCAGCUGCGCGAGCGGUGCAUGAAGGCGUGGUUGCUGGAGGAGGAAGGGUUGUACGCCCUGGAAGGAGAACCGAAGAAACACGAGUUGUCUGAUAUCACGGAGCUGCCGGAACGCUCGGACAAGGACAGCACCAGUGCCUACAACACCGGGGAGAGUUGCCGCAGCACCCCCUUGUUGGAAAGCCCCUUGCGCCGCUUGGCCGAGCACCCCAACCUUAAUCGGACUGCCCCGCCUUCGCCUCCACAGCCCAAAUUCCGCCGGGAGGAACGGGUGCGGCGCAGCCCCAAAGCGGGUGGAGAAGGGAGCCCCUAUCUGACCCGGCGGCAGCGGGAAGAGCCUCCUCCUCCUCCCAUCAGCCCGAUGAGCCUAGCUAGCAUAUGCAAGGACUCUCUCGGGGGCAAAGGGGAGCCCCGCAUGGAAUGGAAAGUGAAGGUCCGCAGCGACGGCACCCGCUACGUGGCCAAGAGGCCAGUGAGGGACCGGCUGCUGAAAGCCCGGGCCAUGAAGAUCCGCGAGGAACGCAGCGGCAUGACGACGGACGACGACGCCGUCAGCGAGAUGAAGAUGGGGCGCUACUGGAGCAAGGAGGAGCGCAAGCAGCACCUGAUCCGCGCCCGCGAGCAGCGAAAGCGCCGCGAGUUCAUGAUGCAGAGCCGCCUGGAGUGCCUGCGGGAGCGGGAAGGCAGCGAGGCCCGCGGGGUCUCCGGGGAGGUCAACAUCUUGGCCCUGAGCCACCGCAAGACCAUGAAGAAGCGGAGUCGCCGGAUCUUGGAUAACUGGAUCACCAUCCAGGAGAUGCUGGCCCACGGCACCCGCUCCGCAGACGGACGCCGGGUUUAUAACCCCCUCCUCUCCGUCACCACCGUCUGA